AACGGUGGGACCGUUGGUGGGAGUGGGGGGGAGCAGUGGCGCCCAGAUUGAAAAUGUCGGAAGAGGGGAGGGAGCGGGAGGGUGGUUUGGUGCCGUUUGUGUCUUCAGCUUUGGUGGAGGAUGUGGCUGCGGACUGGGUGCUGGAAUUCAGCUGCGUCUGCCUGUGCCGGCAUUUCAUGGAGGAGUGCGGUGCCGAGUUCAAGCGGUGGAGGGACGUGGCGCAGGCUGUUUCUAAUGGCUUCUCCAAUGUAACAACACAUCAGAAAAAAAUGGUGUACCUCUGUCAGCUUUUGAUACGAAUUGCAGAAGGAAAAAAGCUUGAAUGCCAUUUUGAAAACGAUACAAGAAUUUCGCCUUUGGAGUCUGCACUGUCUUUUUGGACUUUACUUGAAAGGGAAGAAAGUAAAUUAAAUACACUUCAUGAAGAAAUUCGUCGUUUGAUUCAAAUUCAGGUUGUAGCAGUCUACAUGGAAAAAGGAUAUUAUAAGGAGGCUGCUGAAGUUAUUGAGAGGCUAUUCACAGACUCAGAAUCGCAUAAGCCUUUAAGGAUGAAGCUGGCAGCCAUAGUCAAAAGGAAGGAUUCGUAUGUUCCCCUUCUCCAGAGCUUCAGUUACAAUCUUUUGUUAAGUAAAGUCAAGUCUUACGUUGAACUUUUCCUGAAAGAAAAUGGAACUAACUUCUUACUACAGGCAGCUACAAAGCAAGCGGAAUCUAAAGGAGGGGAAGAAAGAGUGUUGCAAAACAAAGCCUUUAACAUCGAAGAAAAGAAAGAAAAUAAUUUGGAAGCAAAACAAAGACUUACAGAAGAGCUGCAGAGUACAAGAGAUUGGUUAACUGGAGACACAACAUCCAUAAUAAGGCCUCGUUCAAAAAAGGGAUGCAGAGCAAGCAAUAUUCAGACGUUGAAAGCCUUGAAAAAUGUGAAAGUACGUGGAAACGAUUCUUCUUGUGGCCGAAGAAGACAGCCAUGGACUCAUGAAGAAGAUAAGAAACUGAAAUCAGGAGUAAGGGAGUUUGGAGUGGGCAAUUGGACUAAAAUUCUGAUCCAUGGUGACUUCAACAACAGAACCAGUGUCAUGUUGAAAGAUCGGUGGAGAACACUGUGCAAGCUCAAAUAAGGUUAUUUUUGUGCUUUCCCUACAUAAGGACUCAGUCUAGAUGUACAGAAUGAUGAAUGUAUAGUCUCAAGAGUAUCCAAAAACUAUUUCCUAAACAUGAAAAAGGUGUAAUAAUGACUUAAAGUCUGGUCUUCUACCUGCAUGCAAGAUGUAGGUUCAUUUAUGCAACGUGGAAAUGCUUAGAGUGAUUAUGUAGAUAGGAGUCUUAAGUGGCAACAUAUUAAUAGAUGUUAUUUAAUGAAAAGUUGAGUGCACUGUAUUUUUAUAGGUUUUAUCGGUGCGAGAUUUUAUAUGCAGUCAAAUAGAACUCUGUCAUUUUGUUUUCUACUUAUAGCUUAUGCUAAUCUGAUUCACUUCACUUAGAAAUUUUGGUCUGAUCUCUUUCAGCAAGUUAUACAAAAAAUAGGUACAUGUUGUCACUGCUCACCUAACAAACUACAGUUUUAGCCUCAGCAAAAGAAAGGAACAUCCCACGUAGGUUUAUAUUUACAAGUAGUAAAAGUGCUACAUAUGUAUUGGAGAGAAAAUAUGAGAAUUUCUUAUUUUUUGAAUCAAGCUCAAGUUCUAUGAAAUAACUUUGAAAGUAUUUAUAUUGGCAUAAUAACAGUUCUUAUCUUGCAGAAGAGAGUGAAAAAGAUGGCAGAAGCGAUAGCGUGAUGCUAGCUCCUAACAUCUCUUACAUCUAGGUCUUAUGUUCCUUUCCUGAACAGUCCAAGUGGGGGACUCUGUUUUGGCAGUGAUAGCACAGGCCAUGAAACAUGUUUCAUCUGAGCUGUUGUCUCUGCAGUGCUAGCAAGCAAAGACACCCUCUUCUGGUUAGGUACCCACAUAAAGGUUUCAGUUUAUCACUAAACGUUCUGUUCCUGAGAGACCCUGAGAUGUUUCAAGAUUGUAUGGAAGACAAUCCCAGAACCUCAAAAAACACAUCUGUUUUCCACUACUGUACUGGUGUGAAUCUAGAUACCAGGUAUUGUAGCAUUCUUACAGGCCUUUCUGCAUUAAGGUUAAAUAAUGAUCUGCCAUUACAAAGGUUUGUCCUGUUCUGAAUGCAUACAGGACCUCAAACAGAUCACCCUCCUAAUUCCUGCCAACUGAGGCAACGUUUCUUCUUACAACUGUGCUAAGCAGUUGCUGUAAGGUUCCACAGAUGCCCCGUGUCUUAACAAUAAGUUUCCUCAGCCUUAAGGCAUCAUUGUUUUUUUUCUGUAAACCUGGUGAAUCUCAGAAUCUUGAUAAAAUACGGUUUAUAUACUUCAGCAAAGAAUACUAGAGCAGCUGUAAGUGAGCAAUUUAAAACAAAACCAAAAUCACAGCACGGGUGUGCUAAGUGACAAAGCCUGCAGUGUGCCAUCUCUUCAGUGCCAUGACAAUAAUUCAACAUGAACAAUACGUAAGAAAACAAGGAUUAGAGCUAUGUGCGUAGCAGCCUUGCCUGUGUUCUAAUACUGCAGGUUUCUGUAUUACUCACUGCACAUGAGCAGGUUUAACUAGUAGUAAGUGAUAUUUCUGACUUUUAGCCAGAGCUCUAGUUAUGAUUGUUUAUUCCUGUAUAUAAGAUUUUUUUUUAACUUUAUUUUCUUUGGAUUGUAGCUUACUAAUUGCUGUAAUAAAAUCCUACUCAAGGCAGUUUACAAUAAAUAUCAUUCAUUAAGGAAAUGAGUCUCUUCAAGAGUUAAACACAAAUCUUGUUUAGGUUUGUCUGCCAUAAAAUUCACAUUGUAUGCUAGUGAUGUGAAGUUCUUAGCAAGGCUACUUCAUUAGCAACACUAACUAGUCUCAUGUUUUUAUGAGGGUGGCAAAACAGGGGAGCUGCAAUGCAGACAAAGAAAUACUUACACAUUCAUACUAUAAACAACUGUCUAGGUGAUAUUUGGAAGGAACAAAGGAUCUAAACUGAAGUCUGGUUUUAGCUCUCAAACAUUCAUUUUUAUUCACCCAUUACAACUUAAUGAUGACAGUAACUAUUUCCAGACUCGAAUGUUUGGCUGGCUUGCUGCUGAAUAGGAUCUAUGCCUGUAUGCAGGAGUGUAGCCUGUAAAGAACAAGAACCUUAGGAAAAGAAGCUACUACAGUUAGAAACGUCGGCUCUUUAAUCACAAAAGAGAAAUAUGGAAAUUUGCUUACAGCAUUCUAAUACAACUGUCAGUCUUAGUGUUUUCUAUUAAGGCAAAAAGAGUUCCAAAAUAUGCUUCUUCCCAUAGUCCGACUCCUUUAACGUUCAUUCAGUCUCCACAAAACACAGACAAAGAUGUAGGCUUCUUGCCACUUAUGCUGACUUUCUUAAUUCUUUUUUCCUGAUGCUGUUUAAAGGUCUUUUGAACUCUUAUGUAAAAACAAAACUGUGCACAAGGGGACAUGAGCACUGCUUCAGUUGCCGAAUCUUCUUCCAGGUUCCUUGGCACUGAGAGUUGCCAACUGCUUCCCAGUGUAAGAUUUUACCUCUGAAAUGUGACAGUAAAUGAGGGAUAAAAAAUUGGUGCAACCGAAAAAGAAGUGUGUUUAAGUUCAAUAACGUCAUUCAACAGAAGACUAGAAUUAAGACUUUAAUUAGCUCAUCUUGGCCUUACAGUGCUUCUGCUGUCAUGAUACCUGCAAAUAUUCUAGAGCAGGCACUGUAUUCCUUAGUAUAUGGGAUGGUUGGUUGACUGAAUGGUUACGUAUGUAUUGUGUAGCAUCUUAAUAAAGAUAUAUGCUAAAUAAAAAAUCUGUGGCAAAUA